UCGCCAUUUUUUCAUGUUCGCGGCAUCUUGUCAUUCAGCUAUUCAUUCGUAUUUGUUCUACUUUUUCAUUCAAGUACAAUAAAUCACUGCGAUCUUUAGAAAUAAUUAAGCAAAACAUUUAAUAUAAAUCGUUAAUCAUGGCCUAUUACAAUGUAAAAAUGCCUGAGGUGCAAGUAAAAUUCGAUUGGGACGACAUUGAUGUGGGCAACGAUCAGUUAGAUCAUUCGGAGAAUUUUUUUGCUAUUAAACAUUAUGAACACGAAAGACUGGAAGACAUAGGAUUACUGGAAGAAGAAAUGGCCAAAACAGAACUGACAGACAUUGAGGAACAGUGUGUGAUUUAUAAGAUUGAAAAACAUGACAAUACCAUUACAGCAGAGGAAGAGGAGGAGAAAGAAUAUGACAAAGAAGAUAAGGAAAACAAAGACAGCUCCAUAAACUCCAGCCAGAAUGAAGAAGAGGUAAAAUCGCCGGCAGAUGUAAAACCCCAAAAUCAUACUGACAAUGGACAUCAGGAGUCACACUUAGAUAAGACUGUGCAACAAACAAAUUUGGCACCAAAGUUAAAUUUGGUCUGUCAAUGGUCCACUCAAAAACCAGCCACCAAAAAAUGUCACACGCAGGCAGCUACGUCUAAGGGAGCGGUUUCAAAAAGUAUGCCACCACCACCACAAGCCUACUUAGUAAAGGAUUUGUAUCAGAAAAAACGCGAAGAAGCUGAACGCCGAAGAGAGGAAGAGGAACGUAAACGACGAGAAUUUCAUUCGAGACCCGUACCAAAUUUCAAUGCUUGUCAUCAACUCAUGCAGAAACGGAAACCAUCGCAUGCUUUCACAGUGGCAGUGACCCCUAAAGUUCUGAAAAAAUCCAAAGAAGCCGAGGAGAAACGAAAGCAAAGGUUGGAGGAAUGGAAACAAAAGAGCCAAGCUCCUAAAUUCGAAUCCCGACCGCCAACUGUCCUCAAAGAGAAGCCCUUUGUACCCGAAAAGAAACCAUUGGUCAUACAACAGUGUCCCUUCAAUUUGCAUACGGAAAAACGUUUGGCCGAGCGUAAACAUUACGACGAGGCAAAACAUAAAGCGCUGGAGGAAAAACGAAAACAGGUAGAAAUUGAGGAAGAAGAACGCAAACGACGUGAAGAGGAGCGCAUACGUGAACUAAGAAAAGCUGCUACAUUUAAAGCACGACCAAAUCCCUUUAGACACUAAGAUAUUAUUCGUUUUUUAUACAUUUGAAAUGCAAAACUAAAACUAAAAAUUAAAUUCAUAACAUAGAUAUUAUAAGAAAGUUGAAUUCUUUCGUCGAACGUGUAAAAAAAUUGCAACACACACACACUAUGAUAAUGUAAUUUGCAAUUAUUAUUUUAAUUUUACCCAACUAUCUAACACAAUCACAAAUUAACAUCAUCUAUCGUUCCAUCGGAACAAAAAUGUUUAUUUGUCUUUUAGAUAUGUUAACUAUUAAGCAAUUCUAAAACAACAAUAAUUAAUAUGCGCUCUUGUUUUCUAUUUCUAUCCCCCUUGCAUACACACACUCUCCCCUUCUGUUUUUUUACUAAUAAAUCUUAUUUUUAUUAUUAUUUUAUGUAUCAUUAAUUUAUGUGUAUAACAGUUAAUUAUUUAAUGUUUUAUAACACUAUUACUAUUACAAUAAACAUUUUUUUUUUUUUUUUUGCAAACACAAAUACAUACAUAUUGAAUAAUAA